GCAGUAGGGAACGACACUCGACACAGCACCUGGACACACUCAAACCUCACAAGAGAAAGCGGCUUUACAUGCGGAUGUGUUGAUUUCUUCCUAUUUGCUGUCGAUAGAAGAGGUGUCACCAGCAACAGACGGUUCUGUUGCCCCACUUUCGGCCCGGCUAACCCCUGCCCCUCCGCCAAAAUCCGUCUCUUGGAUGUGACCACGCGGCUGAUCAGGAGAAGCCAUCAUGUCCUAAACGCAGAUGGGCCGCCGGGAGCCCUGUCUCCCCAUGCCGGCCCCACCCCCUCCUCCCCCAUUCACCACCUCACCUCCUCACCUGGACCUAUACCCCUGCCCGACCUGUCCACACAUGCCCGGGAUCGGCUGCCCGGUCAGGGCUCCCCUCUGUCCCACCCCUCCCCUCUAUCCUCCACGGAGACCAGCCUCCACAAGCACCCAGUGCUGGGGGCAGGCAUGGGCUCUGACCGGGACAUCCAGUCAGCCGCCUCCUCUAUUUCACUGCCGUCUGUCAAGAAAGGUCCCAAGAAGAGACGCCUCUCACUGGCUGCUCUUUUCAGACGCAGAGGGAGGGAGUCCAAGUCGGCACAGCACCGGACCAGAGAGCUCCAGCAUGGGGCGGGAACGCUCGGGCCGGUGGAGGGGAUCGCCAGCAUCGAAAGCAUUCACUCCGAAAUGUGUAACGAUAAAAACUCGGCCUUGUUCAGUGUGGCUGGCUCUGCUGUUGCCGCCUCCACCUCUUCUGCAUCAGGGCCCUCCUCCACCUGCUCCUCGGCCUCCAAAGCUGCGGGUGGGACAGGGGCGGAGCUUCUGGAGUGCCCCCUGUGCCUCCUGCGUCACUCGCGUGACUGCUUCCCUGAUAUCAUGACCUGCCACCACCGGUCAUGCAUGGACUGUCUCCGGCAGUACCUGCGCAUAGAGAUCUCUGAGUCCCGUGUGAACAUCAGCUGCCCUGAGUGCUCCGAACGCUUCAACCCCCACGACAUCCGCAUGAUCCUGGGGGACAGGGCCCUGAUGGAGAAGUACGAAGAGUUCAUGCUGCGCAGGUGGCUGGUGGCUGACCCUGACUGCAGGUGGUGCCCUGCCCCAGACUGCGGGUAUGCAGUUAUCGCCUUUGGUUGUGCCAGUUGCCCAAAGAUCACAUGCGGCAGAGAUGGGUGUGGCACAGAGUUUUGUUACCACUGUAAACAGCUGUGGCAUCCUAACCAGACGUGUGACGCAGCCCGACAGCAGAGGGCUCAGAGCCUUCGCCUCCGCACGGUUCGCUCCUCCUCCCUCAGCUACAGCCAGGAGAGCGGGGCGGCAGCUGAUGACAUAAAACCAUGUCCGCGCUGUGCUGCGUACAUCAUCAAAAUGAACGACGGCAGCUGUAAUCAUAUGACCUGUGCUGUGUGCGGCUGUGAGUUCUGCUGGCUCUGUAUGAAGGAGAUCUCAGACCUGCACUACUUGAGUCCUUCAGGUUGUACUUUCUGGGGGAAGAAGCCUUGGAGCAGAAAGAAGAAGAUCCUAUGGCAGCUGGGGACAUUAGUGGGUGCUCCGGUUGGCAUCGCGCUCAUCGCUGGUAUCGCCAUCCCUGCCAUGAUCAUCGGGAUCCCGGUGUAUGUGGGGAGGAAGAUUCAUAACCGCUAUGAAGGUAAAGACAUGUCCAAUCACAAGAGGAACUUGGUGAUUGCUGGAGGAGUGACGCUCUCUGUCAUCGUGUCUCCUGUCGUUGCCGCAGUAACAGUCGGGAUUGGGGUUCCCAUAAUGCUGGCGUAUGUGUACGGAGUGGUGCCCAUCUCUCUGUGCCGCAGUGGAGGAUGUGGCGUUUCAGCUGGAAACGGGAAAGGAGUUCGGAUAGAGUUUGACGACGAGAAUGAUCUGAACAUCGGCAGUGGAACGGCAGUCACUGAUACAACUUCAGUGGCCGACACCCGGAACAACCCCAGUAUUGGGGAGGGCAGUGUGGGCGGCCUCACGGGCAGCCUCAGUGCCAGCGGGAGCCACAUGGAUCGACUCGGGGCCAGAGACAACCUGAGUGAGAGCGCCUCCACCACAGCUCUGGCAGGGGCCAGUAUCACGGGCAGUCUGUGUGGCAGCGCCAUGGUCAGCUACAUCAACAGGUUGGAGGUGCAGGCUGAUGUGCAGAAGGAACGCUGCAGUUUAAGUGGAGAGUCCGGGACAGUCAGUCUGGGCACAAUCAGUGACAAUGCUAGCACCAAAGCAAUGGCUGGAUCCAUUCUUAACGCCUACAUGCCCCUCGACAGAGAUGGUAACAGUAUGGAGGUGCAGGUGGAUAUUGAAUCAAAGCCUGGUAAACUGCGUCACCACAGCGGCAGCAGUAGUGUAGACGACAGUGGCCAUGUGGGGCGCUGUGGCUGGACCUGUCCCGCGUCCGGCUGCUCUGAGGGGAAAAGUACCUCCAAAUGGGCCAAAGACGCCUCCUGCUCCAAUUCCAGUGGCAAGAAGAGCAAAGGCAAACUGCGCAAGAAAGGAGGCGGCACCAAGAUCAAUGAGAGCCGCGAGGACAUGGACGCACAGCUGCUGGAACAGCGCAGCACCAACUCCUCAGAGUUUGAUUCUCCCUCUCUCAGCGGGAGUCUGCCUUCUGUGGCCGACUCCCACUCCAGCCACUUCUCUGAGUUUAGCGGCUCUGAUCUGGAGAGCAUGAAGACGUCCUGUAGCCAUGGCUCUGGAGGUGUAGGAGGGGACUUCCACACCCGCUUUGCCACCGUCAGCCCUUUACCAGAGGUAGAGAAUGAUCGCCUGGAGAGCUGCCCUGGAGCUGCCUCUGCUGUCCCAGGACUGGGGGCUUUUGUGACUCCUCAUUCCCCCUCCUCCACCUCAUCGUCUGGACAUGGGGCUGAGCUGCCCCCCUUGUGCUUCAUCACAGAGGAGAAUGUAAACCUGGUGUGUCCCGCAGAAUUAGACUCUCAAUGUAACAAUGGAGACGUGUUGAAAGAAGCAAAUAACAACCACCAAGAACAGCCUCAAAGUCAGCCUAAAAUCUCCUGCAUACAGACAGACAUCUAGCAUUGCGAUACCUUAAGUGCUGCACUCUUUCUACUGCGUUCAAACCUUUUUGCCACUAAUCUCCAAGAGUCAUUGCUUACCGUUUACUUUUGGUGUACUUUAGUCUACCCUGGCGAGCCAUACACAUCGACAUUAUUAUUAGGUAACUGAGUCUGGUAGGUCUCCACUUAUGAAGAAUUUCUAUCCCUAAAGGAAAGGGAGUUGUGCAUUUUGUGUUCUGAUUGGUAGUAUGUUUUCGGUUCUGAAAUUGUUCUUUUAUGCCAACUCUGUAAAGGCCACCAACUGAAACAAAUCCUUUCACUUUUAGAAAUAUAAUGUAGUUAUGCCUCACACAGCACAUAAAAAUGCAAUACUCAUUUUUAAGUUAAGAUUUUUAUUAUCAAAAUCAUUUGUGCUGUGUUCAUAAUCAGCAAUUAGUUCAUUAUCCUAGAAAACAUCUUGGAAAGAACUAUACAUUGUUUUUAUUAUGCCAGUCCAGAGGCAGAUUAUUGCACAAAUCCCCGCACUACCAGUUGUAAUCUGAUUAAUCUGAUCUGUGUUGCCCUGUGUACACUAAUUCUUUGAAUUAAAAAAAAACUAAAACAUUGAAAUCACAGGCAAGUACAUAUGAAGGUAGUAUCUGUAACCAACUUUUUGCCCUUGAUGUGAAAUGUGAAAUGGCAACCCUGUGUUUUGUCUCUUUUUAGUUUAGAGUUAAAAGAAAACCACUGUGCCACUUUUGCUUGAACGAUGUGGGCUCUUAAUGCAGAUGCAACACCACAAAGGAAGUCGUGUUUCUUGAAUGGGACCAGGCAAUGUGACUGUACUCACCUUUUCAGCUUUUUUUCCUCUUGGACAUUAUUAACAGAUAAGCUUUUGUGUCUUGUCUAUUUAUUUUAUUUUACUUCUAAAUUAAAUAAUUUCUCAUUUACAUUAAAGACUUGGGCUCGGCAUCAAAUCAUCAAUUAUUUUGAAUUUUGAGCUUGUAUGACAUACCUUAUUCCUGCAAUAGAUGGCUGAUACAUGUCUUUUUUGGAGACUAGUGCUCUGUUGCUGUUACUUAUUAAAGUGUGUAUUUUAUUUAAAUUAUUUUCAGUCUAAUUUAACCCACUGAGGAAUUAUUAAAUGUGGUAUUUAGUUUUAUUACAGUAGCGGGAUUAAAAUGUAACCUAAAAAUCUCUUAAGUAUUGCUGAAUUGUAUCUUUUUUAUUUGGUCAGUAAAAUCAGAUUGACCAUUUUUUCAGUACUUAAAAUGCUGAUUAAACUUGUGGUCAAAUAGUCUUUUUACAAAAUCCAAAAUGUUCUUAAAAGGUAGAUUUAUGUUGAAAGUGUUUUGUAAACUCCAAGUAUUUCUUGGCUUAAAGCUUUUGAUCUCAUCUAAUGCAGGUAGAAUGGCUGAAUAAAUAUUUGUGCACAUUUUCAAUCUGUAGCUAUAAAAGGCCAAGAUGACAUCCUCUGUGUAUCAUGUUCAACUGAUGCUGAGCCCAGUCUGUUGUUUUUGUUCUGUUGAAGGCUUGUAUAUUUACUCUGGUUGAUAUGGUCUCUGGAAGGCCAUAGUUUAAAAGGCAAUGCUAACUAAUACUGUACAGCGGGGUUGGUUUAUUUCCUGAACUGGUUCGGUCUGGUUUAAGGUUUUGCAAGUUUUGAUAUUGUUGUCAAACUUAUUGUGCCUUCUGCCUUAUUUUCUUUUACGUUUCCAUUGUGUCUUUGCAGCAGUGUCCUUUACGAGGUCUCGUUUGUGUCUAAGCGAUGGUAGACUACACACUUUGUUCACAAUGGCCUACCAAAGACACCACUCAGGCUUAAAAUCUUUCUAUCAACGCAAAAUAUUGUUUUCCCUUGACACCACAGGGACAAGAGCUGCAAGAAGUAGCCUGUAGGCACAUGCACUGUUAAUGUAAUUCUCCAUGUAUUUAAGUUCUACAUGUUUUUUCUAUUGGUCCUGUCAGUUGGUGCCGAAUGGUGCUGCUGAGUAGGCUUGAACCUUAUAAAGUCAUAGUAUUUUGUAAAAGUUGGUCAUAUUCGGUAAUAGAGGGCUUGUUUAUGCUCACACAUCUUGUGAAUAUAGUUUGGAUUAGCAGAUUGGAGCAAGUUGAGUUGUGUAUUGUAUUAAAUUAUUAUAAAUGUACUUUUACUACUUCUAACUCUAGUAUUACUGUGGUAUGGUACAUUGUUAGUAUAAGUAUAUAUGACACAAUCCUGGUGUACUCUACCUUUGACUAGAAAGAACUGCUACCACUACCACUACUACUACUACUACUACUACUACAACUACUACUACUACUACUAAGGCUCAUUUAAGUGGAUUAAUAUGGAUAUAAGAGGAAAGAAGUAAUUUUCAAAAUCCAAGGAGUGUCUGGUGAGUCUCUUGCCUUUGCACCUCUCUGUAACUAGUAUAAUCUACUUUGGAAUAAAACGAGCUCUCCAAAUUUGUUUUAAUGACCCACUUUUACAAAAUACUUCUUAAUUUUGAGCGUUAGCCUGAGUGCCCAGUGAUUGCCUUAUCCUGUCACUGAGCUUGCAUGGGUGAAACUCUGAUCUAGUUCUGUUAAGCUUGAAUGGCAUUUGACCCAAGUCUGUUCACAGCAAAAUAUUGUUAUUCUAGGUUUUGGUUGAGCAGUGACUGCUUAUUCCUUUUGUUUAUGUUUCUUCAAAUUCACAGUAAGCCCUCAUUUUGAAAACACUAGUGCCAGUUUUAAUUUGGAAUUGGUGCAUAAUGGCAUAAGGUAUUUGUACAUUUGUUUGGUAAUUUUGCUUUAUUAUAUGCGUGUAAAUGCAUAUCAAAAUUAAAAAAACAAAAAAA